AGCAGCAGUAUCGGCAUUGGAAACAAGAGCUGCGAAUAGGCAAAGAAACACUCGAGCUUAUCUGAUAGGGCCGGCUAUGCGCCGGAGGUAACCUCCCUGAUAAGCCCCUGUGGACGCGAGGACAUCUUCCGCCUGAUAGUAAAAGCAACCCCCCGUGUGAAUGACAUUGUGUCGGCGGGAUCUCUGGCGUUGACCCGACGAGUCCAGUUUUUUCGUGAGGUGCCCUUUUUUGGCUCGAAAUGAAGCCUCUUUUUCCGUCGCUAGUUCCUUGGCGCAAUGCAGCUGCCUUCGCCAGGCCAUACUCUCAAACGGUUGCCGCUGCAGUGGAAGAUGCGAAACCGGCAAGUGUCAAGCCUAAGCCUUUCAGCCAAGUUCCCAGGGUACCGUCACUGCCGUUGGUUGGGAGUUCAUGGAUGUACUGGCGCCUUGUGGGAAAAUACCACCCGGACCGACGGCACUUGGCAGCUGCUGACAUGCACCGCAAGUAUGGCCCGGUGGUAGCCGAGCGCCUCCCGGGUCGAUACUCGCUGGUGCAUCUCUUCAGCGCCGAUGACUUCCGGACGUUGUACCAGGAAGAAGGCAAGAUGCCUUUUCGUAUGGGAGCCACGGCUUUCAAGAAGUACCGAGAGAGCCGACCUCAGUACUACGCAAACAUCGGCAUCCUAAACUUGCAGGGCCAGGAGUGGUACAAUGUGCGUUCGAAGACGCAGCCAUACACCCUACGGCCGCGCACGAUCAUGUCCUACGUGCCGGGCAUGGAUCUGAUUGCUGAGGACGCCCUGCAGCUCAUCCACAAAACGCGAGACGACAAGAAAGAAGUGGACGACUGCUACACGAUACUGUACCGCUGGGCUCUCGAAAGCGUGAUGCUUGCUUCUGCCGACACCCGAAUAGGCUGCCUGGCGGAUCCACUUCUCCCAGCAUCGGAUGGCGCGGCUUUCUUGCAGGACAUGAACGACGUGUUCGGCUGCCUGCAGAUCUUUGGCUACCGGUUCCCAUACUUCCGCUACUUCCGUACGCCUACCUGGCGCAAAUUUGAGAAGUCCAUGGAUGCGUUCACUCUGCGACUUUUCAAGCACAUUCAAGAGGCUGCAAACCGACUUCAGACGAGACACAGCGACGAAGAAUACACCAUCUUGGAACAUCUCCUGGUGGAGAAGAAACUUGGGUUCGGCGAAAUACUUUCCUUCAUGAGUGACUUUAUAAUGGGUGGCGCUGACACGACCUCGAGCUCUGCCACAUUUUGCGUCUACAACUUAGCAAGAAAUCCUGAAGCACAAGAAAGGGCACGCCAGGAGGUGCUGUCCGUUGUGGGUGAAAACUGUCAGGCUGUGGAACCUCAGCAUCUCAACAACUUGCCAUAUGUGAAGGCUUGCCUCAAGGAAUCGCUAAGGUUAAACCCAGUGCUUUCCGGCGUGUUCCGAAAACUGGACCAUGAUGUUGUCAUGUCCGGCUACACAAUUCCAGCAGGUACUCCAGUGUUUACGGAAAACUACGUCGCGAGUCAGCUGGAGGAGAACUUCACCAAUGCCCAUGCCUUCCUCCCUGAGCGCUGGCUCAAGUCCGAAGAGCAGCGUGAUGACUGGACCCUUCACCCGUACGCCUCUUUACCGUUCAGCUUCGGCCCACGGAUGUGUCUUGGCCGAAGAAUGGCCGAACUGGAAGUUUGGAUUCUCCUUGUAAAGCUGUUGUCAAAGUACAAGAUUGAGUACCAUUACGAAGACAUUGGAUUCGUCGGAAAACUGGCCAAUGCACCGGACAAGCCGGCAAGGUUCCGAUUCAUUGAACUCAAGCCAGAAUGCUGAAUUUAGUGCUCUAAACAAUUUAGUUAAAUUACCAGUAUUCUAUUUUUGUUUGAAUUCUGCCAUCCUCAGGAAAGUGUCCCUGCCAUGCCAUUUACGACGACUACCAUUAUCUCUUGAGGAAAUAAAAUUGAAAAGUAGCCGCACGCGAAAUAACAUGAAGAGAAGAAAACAGCAUUGGAAGCAGGAUAAGUAUGUAAACCGGAUGUAUGGCUGUAGAAAAAAUAUUGAUAUGUUGGGGAUAUAAAUUGAGCAUUCAACUUUUGAAGUUUGGUUUGAGCGCUAAGAAAGGAAAUCGGCUAUGUUUUGGUUUUACAAAACUUUGCCACAUGAUUAUUUGAUACGUGUAAAAUAGUCGUCUAACGAACAAUGAACAGCGUGCUUUUCCUCA